AUGCGAUUACUUAUCUUAUAUUGCUUCGUUGCUGUCAUAGAAGCGGGAUUUUUCGAUUUUCUUACCGGUGGAAACCAUGAACAAAGCCAUGAACAAGUUCACGAAAUGAGCCCAGAUCCCGGCGAGCUUGGUGGAACACGCAAAAAUCCAAACCUAGGAGAUGAAAUCCACAUCCCCCGCGGAGGUUCUGAAAAUCCAAAUGCUGGAGCUGAGAUUCAUAUUCCCAGCAAUCGUGUCCCGGUAAAUAAAGAUAAUUGA